GCAGGAUUGAACGUUCUUUUAAGGGAAAAUAAGUCCAUCCCUCCUUCCUUCCGCACUUUGAUUAUCGUAGGCCUCGUUUAAAACACGCUGUUCUUCGACUUUUGACUCUUGCACUAUCAUCGUCCGAAGAACGCAAUCAUGUCUUAUUAUGAGUCCCAAACCUCCUGGCAAAACCAGUCCAACCGUCCCAACUGGGACCAGAGGGCUGCUGGCUCGACUCCUGUUCAAGCGCAUUUCCCACGAUCCCACGCUUCUGAUCCCUCGGAUUUGACUGUUCGAUACACUGCGUCCAUGAAACCGGAGGAUCCAUCUGCUUUUGGUUCUCAGCUCGAUGGUGAUUAUCCGCCCCGUGUUACCUAACCCUGACCCAUUGGAUACGAUGCUAAUUUUAAGUUCGGCUUUAAGAGGUUGACCGAGCGGUCGAUAAUCUUGUAAAGAGCGGCAAAAUGUUUGCACCGCAACGCCGCGACUCUCUUCCGGUCAUGGGCCCUCGUGGAUUCCCGGUUGAGCAUGGUGAGAUAACCUGGUGAACCUUUUUUGGUUUCGUCCCGGGUUUCCUUCCCCGGUGAAUUUUACGCUAACACAUUUCCCUGCUUGGUUUGGUUAGAUGCACGCAUGGUUGCUCCCAUGCCUUCCCGUCAUUACUCCGUUCAGGAGUUUGACGUGAUACGUUCACAGUCUGCUGCGAACCUGCAGAAUUAUUACGCCACCCAGCGUUUCCAACCCCGCCCGACGGAAGCCGAACAGAUGGUGCAGGCGAAGCGGAGAUUGGCGGCUCAGCGGGAGCGUGAUUUGCGCAACUAUCAUCAGGAGCAACAGUAUAAUAGGAGUAUGUCUUCGAAAUCUCCUAAUCUUGCGCGAGACCCAACUUAUAAAGGUCCUCUAGCACUUCUGGCCGAAGUUUCUGGUUACGGCAAGGAUCGUGUUAUGAGCCCUGGCGCUAUGAGCGAGGAUGAGAGGCGUGAGUUAAUCGCCCGCCAGCACCGUGCCCUUUAUACAAGCGGUCAUUCUGAAGGGUCUCAUUCAGAAGACGGUGUUCCUUUGGAAGAGGGUAACCCACCCAGAGGAACUAACCCCAACUCGAACGGACCUUCUGCGCCGGGUUCCAACGCCGGCGGUACACGCGGGCCUUCCCCUAUGUCGUCUGCAUUUGACCCUUUCGGUCAUCAGAAUGGGAAGAUUGAUUCCAAUGCGCCCCAGACCUCCGGAGAUCAAAGCCAGACCGGAAAUGCUAUUUCGCCACCUAUACGAUCCCGGACUAACAGUGCUUCUUCGCCUUCAUCGAAGUCGGCGUCAUUUAGUUUAUUUGAUAAUGCUCAGGCACAGUCUAGUCGUACUUCGGCGUCUUCACCAGGCGGCUCGCCCCCUCGUUCCCAAAGAAUAUCUACCACUCCUGUGACCUCUUCGGGUGUUGCGCCUAUUGGGACACGUCCAGGUACUCAGAAUCAAAGUGGUGUCGCUAACAACGGCAAGCGGGCCAGCCCGCCCCUGAAUUCGCCGCGUUAUAACUUACAGCAGGAGAAUGAUCCUUUUAACAACAGUGUUAAUAAGGAGAGAUCCUCACCCGCACCAUCCAACAACUCUGCGCCAAAUGGUCAGGGUGAUGGACUUGGCUGGAGCAAAGUUUGGGGCCCCGGAACCAAGGGUCUCAGCGUUUGGGGGUAA